CUUGCUGUACAUCUUGUUGGUCUUGAGUGACAUACUUUUGACAGCUAGCAUGGGAGCAAGGAUUAGCUAAAAAACUGUUGAGCUAACAUGUUUGUAACAAACAGGGCUCAAAGAUAAAUGUACGGACUCUUUUUCUUCCGUGGUCCAUUCCUCGCUGUCCGAGGAUGUUCUCGUCUGUCUGGAAUUUUGUGAAGCGCCACAAAAGGAAAUUUAUUGUCACCGGAGCUGUAGUUGGAGGUGUGUACUUCUUGGGUAAAUAUGCCCAGUCAAAGAUCCGAGAGCUCCAAGAGAAGGAGGCAACAGAGUACAUCGCUCUGGCCAGACGUCAGUUCCACUUUGAGAGCAACCAGAGGACGUGCAACAUGACGGUUGUGUCCAUGUUGCCACCUCUGAGAGAAGCCAUCACCAACCAGCUCAACUCUGAAAGUCUCACAACCAUCCUGAAGACCAGACCGGCCAAUAAAGUGGAGAUCUGGGAAGACUUAAAAAUCAUGAGCUUCACCCGCACCAUCGUGGCUGUGUACAGCACCUGCAUGCUGGUGGUUCUGCUGAGGGUCCAGCUCAACAUCAUCGGAGGUUACCUGUACCUGGAUAACUCAGUGGGCAAGCCCCCCCUGUCUCCUCAGGCUCCCGCAGAGGUCCAGCAGCAGUACUUGUCCAGCAUUCAACAUCUUCUUGGAGACGGCUUGACGCAGCUGAUAACAGUGGUCAAGAAAGCAGUGCAGAACUCCCUGGAAGGAGUGUCCUUGAAGCAAAGUCUCAGUCUGUUGGAGUUGGAGCAGCAGCUUUGUUGGAUACGAGCGGAGGUGGAGGGCGCUUCUGAGCGGCCACUGUCCUGGUACAUGUUGGCGGACGACGAAAACGCACUCGCCGACCAGGCGUGUGGUCUGACUGAAAAUGACGUCCUAACCAUCCGCCUAUUAAAUGAGACCAGAGACAUGUUGGACAGUCCAGACUUCAGCGUUGUUUUAAACGCCUGCCUGCAGCGGGGCUUCUCUCGUCUCCUUGACAACUUGGCCGAGUUCUUCCGCCCGCCCCCCGGUGACUCCCCCUCCAGCUGCGGCCCUGACAGUCUGUCUGCCGUCAGUCUUCCGCUGGCAAAAAUCAUCCCCAUCAUCAACGGUCAGAUCAACACCAUCUGCAGCGAGACCCCAGGUCAUUUUGUUCAGGACCUGCUGAUGAACGACCACGUGAAGGAGUUUGCCGCCAACGUCUACGAGAGCUUCAGCACGCCGCAGGAGUUACAGAAGUAGACGUGACAGGAAGGAAGACCGAUCUUUUUACAUUUCCUGUGUUGGACUCGGACGGGAGCAAAGUGAAGCAGGCGGUGUGUUUUUGUUGCCCUCACACGGAGGCGGGAGGUAAGUGGGACACUCGGCCGCCAUCGUGUUUGCUUUUCCCCGACACCGCUUCCCAACUUGGACAAGCAGGAAGACGAAUGAACCAAUGAAACCAGUUAAAACAACUGGAACAAGCACAUACACACAUACAUCACAUCAUCUGGCACUUGUUAACCAGCACAGACCUCCAGCAAGUCUCCCCUGACAUCAUCAAUUGCUUUUUGACAGCGAUAAUAAAAUGGUGAAACAUGUUAAAUAGCAUUUGUCAUGUUACGUUUACACUGCUGAUAAUUGUCUAAUCUCGGUUGGAUCUGAAUCAUUACAGCUCCCUGCCCCGCAACACGUUUUUUUCUUCAAAUCAAAUCUGAUUUUUUUAAAUAUAGUGACAUGAUUUUCUAAAAUAGAUAAAAGCUGUGUUUUUACAUUUUAAAUUCUUUUACUUUGUGGAAUAGUACUUACUAGUAAUGAAAAUCCAAGUUUAUGCCUCACAAAAGUAGAUAUAUGAGAAACAAAACAAAACGCCACAGUGAUGAAGUGGAUUUAAACAUGCAGUUCUCCUUGUUGUCCAGCAGGCGUCGCACCUUCACUGGCCUUAACUGUCCUCAUGACGCUUGAAAGUAGAAAUAAAUCCCCACAAGUCCAAUUCAUCAACUAGAUGAGUCAAAUCUCGCUUUAUCUGAUUUGACUUUUUGUCUUAAAGAUUCCAAGAGACCGUUUCUGAUGACGUCAUUUAGUCGGUCUCUCCUUCUAAUUUGGGUGUCAGCUGACUGAAAGUUCUAGAAGUCCAUCAUGUUCCAUGUGUGGCUUAAUAAAACAAUCCUCUUUUGGUGGUUCUCUUUUAGUUCAGUUGUGGUUCUUUCAUUCUUUGAUUGAAUAGCGAUAAAAAAUAUUCAACAAUGAAAAUGAAUGGCUGUGCUCUGCCAGCGGGCGACGCUGCUGCGUCAAUGGAUUGUAUGGGAGACGACGCUGGGAGAAAAUGCUGACUCUUGGUGACGUCACAAGUAGACACUUGUUUUUCUAUCCAUGUGACAAAUGGAAAUAUGUUAUAUGUCCUAAUUAAAAUCAGUCAUUGUGUGGAAAUCAUUUUUUUGUACUUUAUCUAACAUCAUUAUUAGUUAAGAGCUCCGCCAUGACAAUGGCUGGCACGUGGUCAGCUCUCAGUCACCUAAUUGAAUAUUCCAUUUGACAGUUUUUUCCAUGCAGGAAAUUCCCGCUACCCGUUGACCCGCUUUCUUCCCAACACGUGCCAGUCAUCAUGA